AAAUGAUUUAUGCUGUCCCACAGAUUAGGGCUUUUAAAUCCUUCCAAUCUCACUUCCUUAACUUUUGAGUAUAAUAAAUGGCUGGUAUAAUACAUUUUCUUGAGGUUAGUUCAUUAAGAGCGAUCAAAUCCAUGUGCAAGACCUGUGUACCUCAUCAGCAAGUUUCAUGAGAGUAAAAGUUACAAAUGUUCAUUAUUUUUAAGGUACACUAUUAUCAUUUAAGCGGUCUGAUUUUUAUUUCCUAGCGUCCAUUUUAUCCCCUAUUAGUUGGAGUCACGUGAUCCGCAGUUCACCAGAACAGUGAUGAGUUCGAAUAGCCCCGCCCACUUUGCUGUAUCCAGACAGGAGAUCAACCGCUCGCGCUGCUGGAUCACUCGGCGCUCGAUUGCUCUUGCCUGAAGCGAAAAUGGCAGAUAUAGAAACGCAGUUUUCUAUUCCCGACUUCAGCACCUAUCUACAAAUGGACCCUUACCUCAAACCAUAUGAAAAGGACUUUGAAAGGAGAUAUGGUUUAUUUCAGAAGCAGUUGAUGCUCCUGGAGGAGGCUGAAGGAGGCUUUGAUCAGUUCACACGCAGCUAUAAGACCUUCGGAGCACAUCGCCUGCCGGACAACAGCCUCGUCUUUAAAGAGUGGGCUCCAGCUGCUGAGGCUCUGUUCCUCACUGGAGACUUCAAUGGCUGGGAUAAAUUUUCUCACCCAUAUAAAAAGAUGGACUUUGGGAAAUGGGAGCUGCAUAUACCACCUAAGGAGGACAAAACACCAGCUGUUGCUCACAAUUCCAAGCUAAAGGUGGUGCUUCACACGAAAGAAGGAGAGCGACUGUACCGCAUUUCACCUUGGGCGACGUAUGUUACCAAACCUGACUUGUUGGUUGUGUACGACUGGGUGUACUGGGAUCCUCCUCAUCCUUAUGUGCAUAAACAUCCUCGGCCACGGAAGCCCCGCAGUUUACGGAUUUAUGAGUCACACGUUGGCAUCGCAUCCCCCGAGGGCAAAGUGGCAUCUUACAGCAACUUCACACACAACGUGCUGCCUCGAAUAAAAGACCUCGGUUAUAACUGUAUUCAGCUGAUGGCUAUCAUGGAACACGCCUAUUAUGCUAGCUUUGGUUACCAAGUCACAAGUUUCUUCGCAGCAUCCAGUCGAUUCGGCACUCCGGACGAGCUGAAGGAGCUUAUCGAUGUGGCUCACUCUAUGGGCAUCAUGGUGCUUUUAGAUGUGGUCCAUAGCCACGCCUCCAAGAACACAGAGGAUGGCCUGAACCGCUUUGAUGGCUCUGAUUCAUGCUUUUUCCACAGCGGAGAACGAGGAGAUCAUCCUCUCUGGGACAGCCGACUGUUCAACUAUUCCAGCUGGGAGGUGCUGCGAUUUCUCUUGUCCAACCUGCGCUGGUGGAUGGAGGAGUAUCGUUUUGAUGGCUUUAGGUUCGAUGGUAUUACCUCCAUGCUCUAUCACCAUCAUGGUGUCAGUUCAGGAUUUUCAGGCUCGUAUUCAGAGUACUUUGGGCUCCAAGUUGACGAGGACUCGCUAGUCUACCUCAUGCUAGCCAACCAUAUUCUACACACCCUGUAUGAGGACUGCAUAACUGUAGCUGAGGACGUGUCCGGUAUGCCCAUGCUAUGUCGACCUGUGCAGGAGGGAGGAUGUGGCUUUGACUACAGGUUGGCCAUGGCUAUUCCUGACAAGUGGAUCCAGAUCUUGAAGGAAUUCAAGGAUGAAGACUGGAACAUGGGCACCAUCGUGCACACCCUGACCAACAGGCGCUAUGGAGAGAAAUGCAUUGCGUAUGCCGAGAGCCAUGACCAGGCUCUGGUAGGAGACAAGACCCUGGCCUUCUGGCUGAUGGAUAAAGACAUGUACACCAACAUGAGCACCUUAAUUCCCAUGAACCCCGUCAUUGACCGGGGCAUUCAACUGCAUAAAAUGAUCCGGCUCCUGACACAUGCCCUGGGAGGGGAGGGCUACCUUAACUUCAUGGGUAAUGAAUUUGGUCAUCCGGAGUGGUUGGACUUCCCACGUGUUGGGAAUAAUGAGAGCUACCACUAUGCACGUCGGCAGUUUAACCUGGUGGACACAGAUCACCUGCGCUACUGCCAACUGUACAUCUUCGACCGGGACAUGAACCGCACAGAGGACAAGUAUGGCUGGCUCGCUGCACCACCGGCACAUGUCAGCACAAAGCAUGAGGGUGACAAGGUGAUCGUCUUUGAGAGAUCCAAUGUCAUUUUCAUCUUCAACUUCCACCCCACUAACAGCUACAGCGACUACAGAGUGGGAGCGGGAGCACCGGGAAAAUAUAAGAUCAAGCUGGACUCUGAUGAGGUUCAGUAUGGAGGCCAUGGCCGACUGGACCACAACACGGAAUUCUUCACUGAGCCUGUUCCUUAUAAUGAGCGUCCAAACUCUAUGCAGGUUUACAUUCCCUGCAGAACGGCUGUUGUUCUAGCCAAUGAAGAAAUCGAUUACUGCUACUGAAACACAGUGAUUCACUGAGAGAUUGAUACUCAACAAAUGUGUCUCUCCACUGAUUUUCCAUCUAAGAUUUGUGUGUGAUACACCAUAACAGCCGCGCUCUGUUUCUUCACCUUUCCCACUCACAAUUUCCAAACCAGACCUGGUUUGUUUUCAGCAAAGCACAUUGGAAUUAAUGUGCCAUAUAACAUGUAAUUGGGAACAAAUUGUAGAUUGUAGUGCAUCCCAUGGUUGCUGUUACAUUGUGGUACAUUAAUAGCAAGUUUUUUUCUGAAACUGUACGUAAACGCCAUCUGGCCUUUAGUAUAUUGUAUCUGUUUGCUAUAGCUUCUGAUACUGCUAUUAAUCCCUGUCUGGGGAAAUAAAACAACAAUUAUAUAUGUGUGGUAGCACUUCACCUGAGCCUUGUGUUCAUAGGACUACGUGAUGUCAACAUAAACCCUUCAAGACAACUGACAUAAACCUAUAUAAAUGUUUAUAAAAGCUUAUUGCAAUAAGUGUAAGUUCUCAGCUUUUGGUGAUUUAGUUGUUAAGUAUACAUAAAACCUAGUAUAACCUAGACAUGUUGUUGACAUUAGGUUGGAUUAUAACACUUUCAGGGCUGACUUACUUUCAAACAGCAUGAAUUUAUAAAUCACUGCACUUCAGAUAUUCCACUGUAACAACACUAUAACAGAGGUAUGUAUAUUUUUGGACCCUUACAUGAGUUUAAUUUUAUGGUUUAUAAGAUUUUUAUGAAUAUAUACUGUUUAUUACCAUAAAUUAGUGUUUGGUUCUGAUUUUACAUUGUCAUCCUUAUAUACAAGUAUACACAGAGCUAUGAAGUCAGUUAUAAUGAUGCUCUAAUGUAAACCAGCCUAGAAAAUGUCACAACGCAACCAUAUGUCAACAAAUUUCUCUGUCACAUGACUUGUGUAAUGUCAACUUGACAUCCAAAUGAGCUAAAUUAGUUUUUAAGACAGCUGACACCAUUGGAAUAAGCCGUUAUAAGUGUUUAUAUACUGUAAUCGAUUGGUGUCCUUUUGAGGGUGUAUUCCAACUUUGUGCCAAGUGUUCCUUGGAGUUCCUGUAACCCUGACCAGGAUAAAGAAGUUAGUGUAGAUGAAGGAAUUAAUUACGUUUAUCAGUUGUCAUGAUGAGUUUAUGAAGGUGUUAUGUUAUCAUGUGAACACGAUUAAGCAAAGUCUUACUACAUACUGUAUGUCACCACUUUUCUGGUGACACUGAUAUUAUGGUACAUAUUGAACAAAACUCUUCCUUAUAUUUGUUGGAUCUACGCUGAGACUCUAAACAUGUGAAUUAAGAUAUAUUGCAUGUGUGCGCUGAUCUGGGGCUGAAUAUACACUUUUGAGUAAUUUCCAGGUCUGGUUUGUGAUGAGAUUAAGGUUGUGAUAGGCUGAAUUUAUUCAUUUGGUGUGCCUUGCAAUGUUGUUAUUUUUUUUCAACCACUAGACUAAUGGACGGUAGGAAGAUGGACUACUGGAUGGUAAUAUGGUGAUUUGAUGAGUAUUUAAUCUUAGUGGGAAGAAAUGAACUAAAAUUUUGGAUCUUCAGAAAGACAUAAAAAACACUUCUGUGUAUUUCUUGAAUAAGAAAAAAAAAAAACAUAUCUUCUCUUAGUACAUUGUAGUAAUUAAUUUUUUUAACUGUUCUUCGAAACACCAGCUGAAUAUUCAGUCCAUCUGUGUUUAUAAAGUCUGAGUGAUUGUGAAUGGAAUGACCGCAGAUACUGUGCUAAUGGGGUUCCAUUUUAUUUAGAGAAAUUCUAACAAGGAUUCGAGUUGUGCUGAUUGUUUCAAUUGGGCCUAGAGUUAGUUUAUAUAUAUAUAUAUAUAUAUAUAUAUAUAUAU